AUGUCAAUACCAAAUAUAAAAAAAUAUGAUAGUGGUUUUUCUGAAACAGCAACAACAUUAUCAUCAAUACAACAAUCAGAAUCAAUGCUUGAACAAAUACUUUCUUUCGAAAGAGUUUAUUAUGAAGAUUUAAAACAAUAUAUUAUUAAAUAUUCAAGACCUUUAAGACGUUAUUUAAAUCCAGAUGAAAUUGUUGAUCUUUUUCAAAAUAUUGAAAAAAUUUCUGCUAUAUCAGAAUCAAUUGUUCGUCAAUGUGAAAAAU